AUAUAUAAAGUCUGUCAGGUGUAUUGUCACCACCUGUAGACCAGUGCACAGAAAACAUGGCUUACAAGGCAAUUUAUCUUGCACUUGCUCUCGUCUGUGCUGCUUCGGCAGCGCCUGAGAGCAGACUGGUUGGUGGAACUCCGACCACGAUCGAAGAGUUCCCAUACAUAGUGGCAUUGACUUACCACUACCCUGGCGCUGGCAUCACCGUGCAGCGUUGUGUCGGUGGUCUUAUCUCCUCUUGGCAUGUGCUGACUACUGCCUUCUGCUUCACUGGUGCCAAUCUUGGCAACUUCGAAGUGCGUGCUGGAUCCACCAACAGCCUGUCUGGUGGAGUUGUGACUACCAUCCGUGAGGUCAUCAAGCACCCCGACUACCAAGAGAGUCCGCUCGCUAACGACGUGGCUGUUGUCUUGCUGCAGACUCCGUUCGCCAUCACCAAUAACAUCGACAUCCUGUUCCUUCCCCCCGCGAACACCUUUAUCCCUGAUGGACAGUCUGUCAAAGUUGUCAGCUGGGGCUUCGAAACUAUGACCGGACCUCAACUGCAAACACUUAAGAAGGUGUACCUUAAGAAAGUAUCUUUGGAGCAGUGCGCUGCUGGCUUCGAGAACGUGGGCAAUGUGGCCGUCAGCGACUCUGUGAUUUGCGCAUCCGAGGAAGGUGCGGUGGGAACUUGUCGCGGUGACUCCGGUGCUCCAAUGGUCGUGGGCCAGGUGGUCGUUGGCAUUUCUACCUACUUCCAUGAGUGCGGAGAUGAUCUUCCCGACGUCUUCACAAGAACUGAUCGCUUCACGAACUGGAUCGUGGAUGUGGCAAAAGCACCUAACGACGAUGACGUCACUCCCGUCAGAGUUAAAUCUGUCAAUUACUAAAGAACUGAUAUUUAAGUCUACCCUUUGAUAAGGUUAAAAAUUAAAUUUAUUACAAAUAU